AUGGACAAAACAGAUCCAGCGCACAGGACUGCCUUUUGGGGUGACAUCGAAAAUGUGGUGAAAAAAUUAGCUGAAGCCUUAAACAAAAAGGACGAAACAAAAGAUGAUCUAAGCGAGAAGAUUACGGACAAAUGUGAUUCACUAAGUGAUAGCGAAAAGGCGACAUGUAAGAACAUUGCUAAAUGGUUGAGGGGUAUAUACGGUAUUAACUUGGAACGGGGUGAAAAUCAGCACCACCCUACAGAGAACCAAAAAUUUGAGCAGACAAUAGGUUGUCUCAUAUUAAAUUUGUACGCUCAGGAAAUAAAGACCAAGUGUCCACUCAUGGGAGAAACUGUUAAACAGGCUUUUACUAUCAAUGAGGGGCUUUACAAAACUGAGUGCAAGAGUGGUGGGAAUAAUAACUGUGUUAAAUGCGAGUGGGACGAAUGUGCAAAUUAUACUUUUGAAAAAGGAGUGGACCUAAGGAAAAAAGUGAAAGAAUUGCUUGAAGCGAAUAAGGACAUAAAAAGAACUAUGUCUACUAUAAGUGAUACAUGUAAGCAAAGUAUAAGUAUUACUGGAUGGUUCACACUAUUUUCGAAGGAUACGAUAGAGUAUGAUAAAAAGAACUAUAGCGAAUUGAACUUCCUUCUACCUUUAUGUGAAGAUGUGCAGAGUACCCUUGGCCCUGGCAUGGACAAGUACAAAGAUUUUUGUAAAAUUAUGAUAAGGAACAUAAUAUUAACGACAGCUGUUCAAAAGCAAUAUGAAGACAAAGACCAGAAUGUGCAACAGGAGAAUCGGACACCAUGUACAAAGAUUGUAAAAGGAAUUCCUGUAUGUGACUUACUUAAAGUAUGGAUGUAUUAUAUGCCUUUCUUCUGUGCCCCAAAGGAUGUCAUAGAACGUGCCAUUAGCGCAGUGCAACAGGUAAGGAAAGGAUUUAGUCAAGAUAGGAAGUAUGAGAAAUGUGCUUAUGAUGCUGCACUUAAUCUUCCUUAUACGGGACAGACGAAUAAUACGGAUGACCCGUACUACCCAUUUUCCACAAAUAUAUUGUAUUCUAAUAUUAUGAAAGAAGUAACUGACAAGAAAUGGUGUGCCGAUAAGGAUGAAUUCCAAAAGAGGAAAAAGAUGCCUGAGGAUCCAGACCCUGCACGCGCAGAAAGGGGAGAGAAGGUUCAAAUAAGGAGUGGUGAUAAUGACCUAGGAGACGUUAGCAAAAUUAUUGAGAAAGUUAACGAAAGAGUAGAGGAGGAGGUAAAGGAAAAGAAAAAGAAACCAGAUACGGAAUCAGCGUCCACCCAACCUCAACCUCCACCCCAACCCCCUCCACCAAAACCCUCCCAAUCUGAUGAAACUAAAUCUUCCGCAGCGGAAUCACCUGCAGAAAAUGUAAUUCCUGCAGAGGAAGCGCAGGAAGGGGAAAAAAAGUCUGAACAGGAAGAACCAGAUGCACAAGGAACACAGAGCGACAGUGAAGAAAAAGUAACCCACAAAGAUGAACCAGCUACUUCUGAGGAUAGCAACGAGGAUGCCUCUUCUUCUAGUACUAGUAGUUCCUCAUCAAGUAGUACUCCAGGUGCUGCUUCUCUGGGUGCCGAAGGCACCCCUUCUCCUGCCAAACUUACUGCCAAGAAAGGAAUCGAUCCCUUCCUUCCUUAUUUCCCUCUUGCUCCUGCCGUGCUUGGUAUUUCUGUUAUGAGCUACUUACUCUGGAAGUACUUUGGAAUGCUUCGUAAUACAAGAAAACGUUACAGAAGAUCUUAUCAAGUACGUGGUCCGUCCUUAGAACAGCAGAUUGUUGACCAUGUGAACCAACCAGGUCCACGUGAAUAUUACAUUGUAAAGGAACGCAAACCUCGUUCAACGCCUAAAACAAGGAGGGGAAAACAGAGCGCUGGUCGUCUUCGCCGUGGUGUGCGUCGCCGUAUGAUUAUUGAUAUUCAUUUAGAAGUCUUAAACGAAUGUCAAAGGGGGGAUGCGCAUUCGACGAAGGAAGAUUAUUUUACCAUUCUUGUUCAAGAAUUUAUGGGUUCUGAGUUUAUCGAACAUAAAAAUGUUCCUAAGGAACGGGUUCCAUGUUCAGAUUCCGGGUUUAGGGAGGAAAGACUUUAUUCCUAA